AUGGAGAAAUGGGCAAUCGGCACGGUCCGCGUCCUAACCGCGGCGAUCUGCGUCAAGGUGUAUGUCGGCGACGUUUUUCUGGGGAUGGGUCCUUCGAUGGAACCAACCUUGCCUGAUCGAGUGAUCUUCCUUGUGGAAAAGCUCUCACUGCGCUGGAGACCAGCCACAGUCGGCGACGUCGUCGUGGUAUCGUCGCCUACCCGAGCCAACGGCUCGAUGUGCAAACGCAUCAUCGCUAUGGAAGGACAGUUCGUCAAGCGUCGGCCCCGCUUUGAAGCCGACGCGGAGGAGAUCAUCGAGGUACCCAAGGGACACGUAUGGCUUGAAGGGGACAACGCUACUGCAUCCGUGGACUCGAGGCAUUACGGACCGAUUCCCGCGGCGCUCAUUUUGGGACGCGCUUCGUACAAGGUACCCUCGAUCGCCACUACAAAGUCUCCAAACCGUUCUGUGCUAGCUUUGGCCAUUGUCGGAAUUCGCCCAACGCGUUGA